AUGGUCAAAGGAAAAAAGGAAGUGGGAGAUGAUGAUGAGUUAAAUUAUUCCUACAUUUUUGGAGUUUUGAGAGAGAGGGCCAUAGUAACGAAUAAAGGCAAUAAGUACCAGUAUGACACCAUUUUGGCAUUGUUUACAAGUAUGGAUAUGUCUAGCAAUAAGCUUUCUGGGGAUAUUCCUGUAAGUUUAACAGGUCUUGUAGGAUUAAGAUCGUUUAAUUUUUCUAAUAAUAACCUAACUGGUAAGAUUCCAAAUGACAUUGGUGACAUGAAAGUCUUGGAAUCUGUUGAUCUUUCAGAAAAUAAAUUUUACAAUCAAAUCCCACAAAGCUUUUCAAGUUUGUCCACUUUGAGCUUCUUGAAUCUAUUUGAUAAUAAUUCGUUAUGUAUGAUACCAUUGAGCACUCAACCUCAAAGCUUUGAUCUCACGAGUUUUCAAGGAAACAAACUCUGCGGACUUCCACUCUUGAUGAACUGCAGUUUAGAUGACAAUAUUCCAAAUCACGAAUAUGAAGAUGAUGAGGGUGACAAAGAUGAAGGGGAUUGGUUUUACAUUUCAUUGGUUAUAGGAUUUGCGCUAAACUUUUGGGGUGUUUGUGGUUCACUGCUUUUCAAGAGAUCAUGGAGACAUGCUUAUUUUCGUUUUCUAGAUCGUAGCUGGGAAAUGUUGCUUGCAAAGAUACCAAUAUGGUGA